CAAGCGUCAACUGGGCUAUUGUUACACUGAUAUUUCAAGUUGAUUUGCAGUGACAUAAAAUGAGGUUUUUCGUGUUCGCCAUUUGUCUGGCUGUUGCCAUGGCAGCGCCAAUGAAGGUCGAGGAUGAAGAGAAGGAACAAAUCAGGAAAGAGAUCAUGAGCCAAAUUGAAGCAGAAUUUGAUAAACUACCCGAAGAUCUCCAGUCAAUCCUUGCUGAUGCAAGAUCUCUAUGGGAAAAACGAGAGGCUGCAAGCAACAAGAAGAAAGAGGAACAGAAAGCCAAACUAGCCGAGAUGAAGAAAGUCUUUGAUGAAGAGCUCAACAAAGCCAAAGAUGAAAUCAAGGAACAACUCGAGAAAGAAUUCGAAGCACUCUCCGAAGAACAGCAGAAAGUCUUCAUCGAGGCUAGAGAAGGAGCCAUGAAAGAGGCUGAAGAAAAACAAAAGAAAAUGGAUGAACUCAAAGCUGAGAUCGAGGCUCAAAUUGAAGCUAGCAAGAAAGAUGCAGAAGAGAUCAGAAAACAGCUGGAAGAGGAAAUUGAGAACCAGAAGAAAACCAGAGAAGAGGAGAUCCAAAAGAUGAAGGAAGCUGUCGAGCAGGUGAAGACAGAAGUCAAUCAGGCAAGAGAAGAAUUCAUCAAUGCCCUAAAUGAAGAUUUUGAUAAACUCCCAGAAGCAGAACAGAAGGAAAUGCUGGAGAGGAAGCAAGCUGUUGAACAGGCCAAAGAGGAGAGGAGAAAGAUGAAAGAAGAAGCCAAGGCUGAACUCGAGAAAGCUCUGAAAGAAAUGGAAACAACUGAAGAAGAGAAAGCUGAAGAUGAAGUAACCGAGGAAGAAGAAAUCAAUGCUUUCGAUCAGUUAAUGAAGGAAUAUUUCGAAACCGUCGAGCAACUUUCUGAUGAAGUCCUUGAGAUUUACGAAACCAUUAUUAACGAACUCUUCUUCGAAGGUGCCGAGGAGAAAGAAGAGGAAAUAAAAAGCCAGGAAGAUGAGGUUGAUGAAGGACAAUGGGAAAAGGACCUGCAGAAGGACCUUGACGAACUCCUCGCGACAAUUGAUGAAAUGACCACUGAAGUUUCCGAUACAAUGGAUGCAAUCUUCGCUGAACUCGGUGCCGAAAUAAGAUCAUGGGAAAAGCAGGAGGAUGAGGAGUUGACUGAAGAGGAGCAGCUGCAGAAGGAAUUGGAACAAUUGGUGGAUGAGAUCCAAAAAGGUAUGAUUGAAGAAGCCGAAUCUGAUUUUGAUAAACUCCCUGAAGAUAUCCAAGAAAUUCUCAUCGAUGCCAGAGCACUCUGGGAGAAGAGAGAAGCAGCCAUCAAUAAGAGGAAGGAAGAGCAGAAAAAACAGAUGGAAGACUUGAAAAAGGAAUUUGAGGAAACUGUUCAACAGACCAAAGAAGACAUCAAGGAAGAACUGGAAAAUAAAUUCAAUGAACUUUCCGAGGAGGACCAGAAUGAACUUCUCGAGGCAAGAGCUGCCAAGCAAAAGGCCCAAGAAGAAUUAAGGAAGAAGAAACAAGAAGCACAAGAAGAGCGCAAGCGAUUGGCUGAAGAGCUCUUGAAGAAAAUGGAGGAAGAAAUCGAAAACCAAAAGAAAAUCAGAGAGGAAAGGAGACAGAAGAUGGCAGAGGCAGUAAAACAAGCACAGGAAGAAAUUGCUGCUGCUAGAAAACAAGUCCAAGAAGCUGUCGAUGCUGCAAAGCAAGAAGUUGUUAAGACCAUGAAUGAAGAAUUCGAUCAACUUCCAGAGGAUCAACAGAAAACCUUGAUUGAGCGAAAAGAGGCCAUCGUAAAAGCAAGAGAGGAGAGAAAACAAAAAACUGAAGAAGCAAAGGCUGAAAUCCAGAAAGCCCUAAAGGAACUUUUCACUGAAGAAGUUGAGAGGAAGGAAGAAUUGGAAAUUGAAGAAAAGCAGGAGGAUGAGGAGUUGACCGAAGAGGAACAGCUCCAGAAGGAACUAGAACAAUUGGUUAAUGAGAUCCAGAGAGGCAUGAUUGGAGAAGCUGAAGCUGAAUUUGAUAAACUCCCCGAGGAUAUCCAAGAAAUUCUCAUUGAUGCAAGAUCACUCUGGGAGAAGAGAGAAGCAGCCGUUAAUAAGAGAAAAGAAGAGCAGAAAAAACAGAUGGAAGACUUGAAGAAGGAAUUUGAGGAAACUAUUAUACAGACCGAAGAAGACAUCAAGGAAGAACUUGAAAAUAAAUUCAAUGGACUUUCUGAGGAGGACCAGAAUGAGCUUCUUGAGGCAAGAGCUGCCAAGCAAAAGGCCCAGGAAGAACUAGAGAAGAAGAAACAAGAAGCACAAGAAGAGCGCAAGAGAUUGGCUGAAGAGCUCUCGAAGAAAAUGGAGGAAGAAAUCGAAAACCAAAAGAAAAUCAGAGAGGAAAGGAGACAAAAGAUGGCAGAGACAGUAAAACAAGCACAGGAAGAAAUUGCUGCUGCUAGAAAAGAGGUCCAAGAAGCUGUCGAUGCUGCAAAGCAAGAAGUUGUUAAGACCAUGAAUGAAGAAUUUGAUCAACUUCCAGAGGACCAACAGAAAACCCUGAUUGAGAGAAAAGAGGCCAUCGUAAAAGCAAGAGAGGAAAAACAACAAAAAAUAGAAGAAGCUAAGGCUGAGAUCCAAAAAGCUCUUCAGGAAUUCUUCACUGAAGAAGAAAAGAAGGAAGAAACAACAGAUUAAUCGAUAACUGCAUUUUAAUGUUAAAGAUUAUUAUCAAUAAAGUUUUAUAUAUUGUUCAAACACUCAA